AUGUUGUUCGUUGCUUGCAUCAUCGGUUUAUGUGUCGUAUCUAGUAAUGGACAGAUUCAAAGGAAUGCUGCUGUCGACGACACAGUUUGCAAGGAAUACAAUACGUACUAUAAGAUUGAAGGCAGCUGUGACUCAUAUGUAGAAUGCAAUGCAUACAAGGCGACGUACAAGACUUGUCCUGACGGUCUAUACUUCAUCCGCGAUGUGGUUUGGCCCACCUACCCUUGCGCUUACCCAUCGGACGCUCAGUGCGACAGCAACGAUGCUCCUCAGCGUGCUGUGGCAUCUCAAGAUUGCAAACACCAGUACGGAUUCUUCGCGUCCCCACUAGCGACCCGCUCCGAUUGUGGCAAAUAUCGCAUGUGCGUGGAGGGCAAAGCCUUCGAGAUGGAGUGCUCCAUGGGCCUGGCCUUCAACCCUGAGUCCGGCCGUUGCGACUGGCCCGACCUCGUGCCCUCCUGUGACGCUGACGCAUUCCUCGGGUUCAAGUGCCCACCGGCAACUUAUGACGAGUUCGGAAAGGCUUACGUAGUGAACUUCGGCAUCGCCGGCAGCUGCCACUAUUUCUUCUCGUGCAUGGAGAAUGUGGCGCGACUAUUGGUGUGUGACCGGGGCUUCGCCUUCGACGACUCCGUCGGUCGCUGCGUCGACGCCACCCGCGUCCAGUGCCAGGAGGGAAAC